AUGGCAGUCCUCGGUGCCGUACACAAUGGCUUCCUCGCGUCGCCCCUCGCCUCCGCACAGCCCGCCGCGACUUCCGGCCAUGGUGGCUCCGGAUCUUUCACGUCCCCACAGCCGUACGGCAUUCGCCUAACCACGGCGCACGUGGCGCCGUCUAAACCGUCCGCACCCACAGCCUCCCCCGCGCCGCCGACUCCCGCCUCCCCCUCCUCCACCUCCGCCUCCGCUUCCGCCUCCCCCGCGGCGCCGCCCUUGCUGUCCGCGGCUCUUUCCGCCGCGGAGGCCGCGGUCAAGGAGCGCGGAGGGGCGUUCCUGUGGGGAUGGGCGGAGAGGGGGCUUGGGGGAGUGGCGGGGUCGCUGGCGCGCGUGUGGGUUUCUGUGGGGGCAGUGGCGGUCGCUGUUGCAGUCUCUGCGGCGGUCCGCUUGCUGCUCUCCCGUUCCCUCCCCGCCGUGCUUCCCGCGCUGCUCGCUGCUGCGACCCUUGCGCUCGCCUCCGCCCUCCUGCCCUCGCAACCUGUCCUCUCCUCGCACACCAUCACCGCUAUUCUCUCGUACGUCCUCUUCGCCUCACUGCAAGGCGCCUUAUCCUCCCAGCCCACAUCACCACUGGUCCUAGGCCUCCCGGCCUUCCUGGGAGCACUCCUAGCAGCACCGGCACUGCUCUACAAUACCGCACAUGCCCACGCUGCCACCUCUGCUGCUGCUUGA